CUUCGCUAUCUCGCUCAAAUCCUCUCCGUUCUCUUCGUCCUGCGCGAAGCAGCUUAGGGUUUGAGGGAUCGCUCCGCUCUUUUACGGAUUGCGGAUCAGCUUCUUCACAUAUAGGAAAGUUAUGGUUUCUGAAAUCUCCACAUCUCUGUCCUUAGACGGCGGCCACUUUGACACUGAGUUUGAGAAUAUUGUCUGCCCUAUCUGUUUGGACACUCCACACAAUGCAGUGCUUCUUAAGUGUAGUUCGUAUGAUAAAGGGUGCAGGGCAUUCAUGUGUGACACAGAUACCUCUCUCUCAAACUGUCUCGGCCGGUAUAAGCAUGCAAAUGGUGUCUCCACCACCACAAUGGUUAAUUCAAUUACAUCAGAGGCAUCACCACAAAACUUUCAAGUAAUUCCUUUGAAUUUCGAUGGCCUCACUUGCCCAUUCUGCCGAGGAGAUGUUACAGGAUUUAGUGUGGUUGUUAACGCUCGGGCAUACCUCAACAUGAAGAAAAGAUGCUGCGAAGAGAAGCAUUGUGGGUAUGCUAGCAACUAUUUGGAACUACAACAACAUGCUAAACGAGAACACCCGAAUUCUCGACCAUCUGAAGUUGACCCAGAAAGACAACGAGAUUGGGAGAGUUUUCAACGGUCCUUGGAAACUACAGAUAUCAUGAGCGCUAUCCGUUCGGAAGUGUACAGAAUGCUUUUUGGCAACUGUAUCAUGGAUUAUGAGGAUGAAAGUGAUGAUGAAUUUGAUGAUUUUUCAGGGGAUGAGUGCAAUUGGCAGACCUCUUCUUAUCAUAUAUCUGACGGCUUCAUGUCCCCUAGGCACCAACCACAAUCAAGAAACGAGAGGAGAAUUCAUCCUAGAUCAAGCUCUGAUGUUCAUAUAGACGAUCAACCUCUAUCGUCUAGUCAUACGCCAGAAGAUUUUAAUAGAAAUGCCGAGAUUGGUGAAACAAAUAAUGAAGCAUCAUAUAGAGGAAACCACAGUCGCCGCAGGUAGCGUAUAAUUAGCGUCUCGUGUGUAUUUUCUGGAUGAUAUUUACUUGUUUCCAAAUUGGUCGCCAUGCCUAGUAGUCUUAUACUUCCUGAAAAUAAGCAUAAAUAGCAUAAAGUAUAUUUUCCAGUUAACAUAUCAGUCUAGUUUCUUAUACUCAUCUACAUGUCGAAUAUCUCCCUUUUCUUCAUAAAAUGUUUGUUUGCGAUAUGCUAUUUUUAGACAAUUCUGUAA